AUGACCUAUAACAAGGGAAAUACCUCACAGAUGAUGACAGGGAACAGUGCCUGUACCUAUCGAUUCAUUCCCAGUUCGCUCACUGAUCUCCCGUCAGAAAGGGAAUACGAUAUCAUUUUACGCCAACAACCUGAGCGUGCCAAAAUGAGUGUCCCAAAUGAACGAGACCGACGUCCGAUUGAGCCUCCUCCUAUUCUGCAGAUGAAGUGGUCAAACUGCACGCACGAUCAAAUAAAAAAAUCCCUGCAAAGCCCCUUUUACUUUUUGGUUGCCAACAUUGUUACCGAGGAUGAGCCAAACACCCUACUGCUACCGUCACAAGAUUACCUCUCGGGAUCAACCGUUUCAUCACUCUACAGGUUACGUGACAUUGACAACUCUGAUGGCGGCUUUUUUGUUUUCGGCGAUUUGGCUGUAAAGAAAGAAGGCAAAUACAGAUUGCAUUUUAGCCUCUUUGAAAUUGUAGAGGGCACUGUCGAAAAUAGAAAGACAAUGCUAUCCGACGCGUUCACUGUAUAUCUUCCCAAGCGAUACCCAGGGCCUACAGAAGCUACCUUCCUUUCACGUACAUUCUGUGAUCAAGGCGUUAAAAUGCGUAUUCGAAAAGAACAUCGAUUGCCAUCCGUAAGCGGUCGUAAGCGACGGGUCGAGCAUACAACUCCUAUUGAGGAAGAACAACACUCUCAUAGCAGCAAACGUAAAGGUGGAUCGGUUGCUUUAUCAGUAUACGCAGCCACGGGUGUACAAAAGCAAGGUGUUCAUUUUGGCCAAUGGCAAUCAUCCUCGUCAACGACAUCUUCAUUAUCAUCGUCACCCAACAGCAUGAAUACGACUACUGCCAACAAUGCACCAGCUAACAUUGCUCAUGUUUACGAAUCAUACCCUGCAACCAAAGACAAGUAUGGCCAUCUUUUACCAUCACCUUGCUCAUCGCAAUAUCGCUGGGAGGAACAACAUCAGCAACAACAACAUCAUCGUGCACUUCCUUCACCGCCACAGCAAUUCUCCUCUGAUUUGGCACAUUAUCAUUUUGAUGGUAGUGGGCAACAGCAACACCCAUCAGCAGCCUAUUCACGGCAGCUAACACCACCUCCAAUGUUGACUGAAGCAGAUCGACACCCACCUCGUAUGGGUGAUCGCUUGCCACCACUACGAUCCAUCAUGGCUGAUACAUUAUUGCUUCCUCCCUUGUCAUCUUCACCGCAUAAUCCCAAUGCACCUGCUGGUCGCGUUUCCAUUCAUCAACUUUUGCAAUAG